AUGAAGUGUGGUGUAACAGAUGGGAAGCUCCAUGCGGCAAAGGCCGCGCUGCCUUACUCACCAGCAGACGCCAACCCAACAGGGUGCCAGCAACCAGGGACCACCCAGACUCCGGGGCCCACAGGACCUGGAGCUCUGGAAGCUGAUCCUCCCACUGGACCAGCCAACAGGUCCACGCUCAAGGCUGUCUUCCCCUCGACACCCCCCAGGCUGAAGAGAGGUCCACAGGGACAGCCGGGGCUGCUCUCAUUCAGGUCCUCAUUCAGGCAGCAAAGCUCACUCCGUCUUUGCGUCCCAUGUCUCAUGUUACCUAAGGAUACCGGCAUGUCUGAGAGGCACAGUUCAAUGUCCAGCUCAAUAGCCAGGGGCCUGGCACUCCUCCAGGGUGUGGUGGCCAGCCGGGACGCCCAGCGCCCGGAAUGGAAACCGCACCGAAAGCCACGCGUGCUCAGCAAGUCGGCCCAGACCGUGAGCCGCUGCUACGGGAAGAUGAGCGAGCCCAAGGACACCGCCAGCCUCACAGGCUUCAUGUCUGAAAUGGAGGAACUGCGAAGGCUGUUCCUCACGCGCCCUGACUGCCCCCAGUUCAGCACCAGGGCCACGUCCAUUUCCCAUUGUGGUUCACCCACCAAGGCCAGUUUGUCCGGGGAGCUACACCGCAGCUCGGAGACCUGGAGGGGUGCCCAGGACCUGCUCUUGGCCAGGCGGGACUCGGACACGAACGUGGACGGGCGCCUCCUCCCACACAGUCAGAGCGCCUGCGAGCUCAAUUACUUUUGGAAAAGGAGCGAAUCCCAGACUCUGAGUCCGGUCACCAGCAGCCCAGUCGCAUCCCAGAGCUGCCUGAGAAAGAGGACGCCCUGGUACCUCUUAGCCAUCCACGAGAAGGAUCACUGCCUGUCCAAGCUGGAGAUACAGGUUCAGAAGAAAGACGAGGAGAUCGUGGUGCUCCAGGAGGAGCUGAAGGCCCUGAGGAAGCAGCUGAAAUGCCCCCUCAGAGGCAAAGGCCAAGAGACAUCCAUGUCCCCAGGCCAGAAGGAGCGGUCCUCAGACGCUUCGCUGAAGCUGGGCAAGCUGAGCCUCCCGAAGGCCUUCUCCAGAGGCGAGGAGGAGCUGCAGGGCUGGUGGCAGAUGCAGAAGGCGUCUGCGGUGCCGCCGGAGAGGGGCAAGGAGCCGGAUCUGGGAGGCGGCGAGGACGAGGGCCUGGAAAGGGAGCCCAAGGGGGCGGAGGAUGUGGGCACCGGAGGAGGUGUGGGCCAGAUGGGGGCUGUGCAUGAGGAGGAAAUAGAGGAGGAGGAGGAGGAGGAAAGGGGUGGGGAUAAGGACACAGAGGAAUGGGAGCUGCUGGAGGAAGACGAGGUCCCCGGGAGAAGGGCCGCCUCCCUGGCCGAGUCGUUUGAGGAGGAGCUGCUGGCCCAGCUGGAGGAGUACGAGCAGAUCAUCCUGGACUUCCAGUUCCAGCUGGAAACCACCGGGACCGGAUACCGCCUUGCAACAGGAGUGAUCGCAUCUUUACAACAACAAUUGGAUUUCCAAGAAUCCCAACUGCGAAAAAUCAAGUCGGAAAAUGAGACGCUGCAGAAGGAGCUUCGAGAGCGGAGGCAGCAGCUACAAGCUAUGACCAACAAGUUCUCCAACCUCCGAGAAGAUAAGAAACACCAAGAGAUGAUGGGGCUCAUUGAGAAGGACAACCAGUUCCUCCGACAGCAAGUGUCAAAACUGGAGAGAAAGCUCGCCAAGCGGGACCACAUCAUCUCAGAGUUGGACUCCAAGGUCAGCCAGCUGCAGGAGCAGGCGGAACUGGACCAGAACCACCUACAGAGGUGGAAGCAGCUGCAGGAGGAUCUGCAGAGCAAGAAGGAGACGAUUCAGCAGGCGGAGCAGCAGGCCCGCGUGGCCCUGGAGAGCACCCAGUCCAGGCUUGAGAGGCUACGGAAUAAGAUCAUCCAGGCCACCUUCAGCAUCUCCGGGACCAAGCCCUUGGCCAACGAGAUCUCUGAUAAUGACAUCCUAGAAGCCCUGCAGAGAAUUAUCUCAGAGAGAAGCGACUACUAUAAUCAGCUGAAGCAGAAAGGCGUCAAAGUGCCCCCCCUGCAACAGUCAGAGACCUUCCUGACCAGCAAAUCCAAGAAGGGGACCUCCAAGUAGCCCCAGCCAGGCAUCCAAAAUGCGGUCAGCUCAGCAGAGGCCAGAGUCCAGCUCCAGAACCACCUGCCCCCAACCACGCAUCCUGUUCGCGGACUCAGAAUUAAACCCUGGUGCUGACACUGUC